AGAAUCGCACCGUCUCGCUCAGCUCAACCCAAAGUCAACAAUAUCUUUUUAGCGAUUCACAACUGGCGUCGACGUGAAAGACACGUGCUGCAAGACAAAGCAUGCUCGGUAUCUGUGCAAAGAAACCCUAUCUCCCGCACCGCCCCAUUAAGGACAUCGAGGCGGAUCUAAUAUGGUGGUCGGAUCUCCUACAAAACAGCGGCGCCAUCAAACCAAUUUACCCACCAGUACCAUACUCUAACCCCCUUGCCUUCUCUGACGCGAGUUCCACCAUAGGAAUAGCUAUAGUAAUAGGUCAUCGCUGGAGAGCCUGGAGACUCAUUCCGGGGUGGCAGACACAGAAUGGACAAAGAGAUAUUGGAUGGGCGGAAGCCAUCGGCUUUGAACUUCUCGUUUGAUCCCUAUCUACUCUCCCCAAACUCGGAAAUACGCUCACCGUCUAUGGAGACAACAUGGGAGUGGUCGAAGGAUGGUGGAAAGGUAGAAGCCGCAACAAAGAAGUCAACCUCGUAUUCAGACAGAUACAUGAGCACAUCCGUCUUAUACCCAAGCGUUUUGCAAUUCGAACGUCUUAUGUCCCCAGUGAACACAAUCCAGCAGACAAGCCAUCGCGAGGCAUCUACCCUCCAACCGAGUUUCUACUCCCUCCAAUCGAUAUUCCCCCCGCAAUUCAACAAUUCAUCGUCGACGCCAUCAGCCCCCACACCCUUGCUGAACUCAAGCUUCUGCGCAACAGGCAUUACCCCCCUGCUGCCGCCAAAAUCAUCAACAGAGCAGUUCUCCGACAACAAGGAGCCGAAUACAACAGGACGCGCCGAGAAAAAGAAAACCAGCUCCUUCGCGAAACCCUCAGCAACAGUUCAGAGUAACACGCGGCCUCGGUUCGAUUCACCGCUCCCCAACAGCAUAACACCUCUCCUCUGCCCCACAACAAUACAGACCCAACCUCACCCCCAUGCCAUCCCCUCUUCGUCCUCACUGCCUAGCCCGCGACCGAAUGCGCCUAUGGCUACCACCUGGCGAAAGCCUGCGCCAAACCAUCUCCUCAGGCAGAGAGAACGACAUCCGCAUCUCCGACGAACAACUCGACCGCAUUCUCGAAGUCAUGGGCGCAUGCUGGGCACCCUCGACCAAAGAAACCUACGGGGGCGGUCUAUUAGUAUUCCAAGUCUUCUGCGACUCUCACAGAAUCCCAGAAGAAAAGAGAUGUCUGAUUUCGCCCAACUUACUCCUAACCUUCCUAUCGAGCUGCACGGGUUCUUAUUCGGGCUCCGCACUUACCAACUACGCCGCCGGUCUCAAAGCAUGGCACCUGUUGCAUGGACAACCCUGGUUCAUAAACGCUAGAGAACUCAAAGCGACGCUAGACGGCGCCACAGCACUCACGCCAGCUUCAUCCAAACGAGAUAAGCGCACUCCUUUCACUCCAGACAUCAUCAUUAGCAUAUGUGAACACCUGCAUCUCGACGAACCCAGAGACACCGCCAUCUUCGCUUGCAUUACAACAUCCUUCUAUGCAAUUGCCCGCCUCGGAGAAUUUACUGUACCGUCCCUGAGAAGCUUCGACCCAGCAAAACACAUAACCCACGCCCGCGUCACGCAGAAAACAGAUCGCAACAAUCUACCUGUUACCUCAUUCUACUUGCCUAGU